AUGAAUUUUCUAGUGACGAGAGUUGACAAGACCUGGUUUCCAAAGCCAAUUCUACAAGUUUUGAAUGUAUUGUUCUGUGACAUGUUCGGAAUGUCAAUGUCUCUUUUCGCGACUCAUUUUAUCUACAGAUACAUGGUUCUGAGCCGUAAGAAGUUUCUCAGAAAAUACGACGGACGGACUAUUUGUGUCAUGAUUCUAUUUUCUAUUCUAUUUGGAAUAGUUUGGGGAGUUUUCGCAUGGGAUACAAUGCAACCGUUUCCAGAAGCAGAUAGGAUGUUGAGUGAGAAGUUUGCAACUCAGAUGAACUUGACUCUCGAUCAGAUUGCUUAUGUGGGAAUUCUGUUCUAUUAUAAAGACAAACUAGGAAAUGAACAAGUGCAUUGGCCGUCAGUUGUAGGCAUUGGAAUUCAAAGUUUCUUUAUUGGAAUUUCCUUCUUUCUCAUCUUCUAUUUCGGAUUCAAAUGUUACCAACAAACUCGUCGUCUAGUCUCCUCUCAAUCCAAUUCAUCGAAUAACCUCCAAUCUCAAUUAUUCUACGCUCUUGUGUUCCAAACUCUCAUUCCAAUAUGCCUAAUGCAUGUACCUGCUUCAAUAGUUUACGGAGUCGCCGCUUUGAACAAAUCCAAUGAUUUCUUUGGACAAUUCCUAUCACUGUUCAUUUGUUUGUACCCUGCUCUCGAUCCUCUUCCCAACUUUUUUAUCAUCAAAAGUUAUCGGAAAGCUGUCAGAGAUUUCUUCGAAAAUAUAUAUCGAAAGCUAAUCUGUCGGCGAAAACCAAUUCCAAUCUCAACAUCUGGAUCUCAUAACCAAGCAUGGAAAGCAUCGAAUGUAUCUAAUAUCUCAGUACACUUGUCUUAA